CCCCACGUGCAAGGUCUGGAAGUUACCAUCAUACCCGUCAAUUCUGGUGGCCGCGCGGAGCGCUUACGCAAGACGGCACUCGCGCCAAAAGGGGAAACAGCACACAGUACGCAGCACGGAGCCAUCACUCGUCCGUGUGCGCUGAUUCAUUGUCCCGUUCACCGUCUGCAGCGAACGACGGGUUUAGACGUGAUUGACGAGCUGCGACAGAAAUUGGAAGAUCUGCUCGGUAACCUUGUUCAGCAAGGAAAACAACUUCUUGAGCAGACCAUCGAGCGCGUCAACUUGUAUUUGGAGGAAUUUAAACAAAAUUUGGGUACCAAAGUGGACCACCUCUCGGAAUGUACCGCCUUAGUACCACAGAAACUGGACCAGAUAUCGGCAAGGUGUCUGGAGAAGGCUCAAAUAUGCCACACCAAGUUCGUAGCUCAGGUGAACGUUGUAUAUGAGAACGCAAAAGAACAAACCGAUGUUUUAGUUGGUAAAGUUGGAGAGCUCAAAAAACUAGCCGAAACCUGUCUGGCUGACAAUUCCUUGUUCGAUAAUGUUAAAUGUUUGGUUCGUCAUAUGGACGAUGCCGUUGCUGUUGUGAGUGAAGUUCUAUCCGAUACCGGAAAACUGCUGACAGACACAGUUAAAGAGACAUUCGCCUUGACUGCCGAGGUAAGUGGAUGUCUCGUGGACGUGGUCCGGCUGUCUCACGACGCCACGGAUAAAUUAGCGGAGGAGAUUUCCAAUUGUCUGAGAGAAGAGAAAGCACUACACGACUAUUAACGAUAUGCGUUCUUAGAUUUGAAUAAGCUCAUGUAUCCGUAAUCAAUAUAAAGUUUUAUUAAACAUGUACAACUCUUAA